GACUGCCUUCUCUUUUGACGCCGACUUGCAGACGACAGACGUCCUCUAGUUUUUGCUGAGCCGCUGACUGAACACUUGUUUCCCGCCAAAAUGUCCAUCACAGAUAUCAACGGAUCCUGGAAAGUUAGCGGGCACGAGAACUUUGAGGCGUUCCUGAAGGAAGCAGGCAUCCCCCAGGAGCACUGGGAGCACAUGAAGACCGGAAGUGCCAAGUACACCGUGACCCAAGAUGGCGACUCCGUGACCUUGGUGGAGGCUGACACGGACGGGGCCCACACCGCGACUAACACCUUCAAACUGGGGCAGGAGUUCGACAAGAAGGGCAUUGAUGGGAAAACCAGGAAGGCAACCAUCACGUUUUCUGGCGGAGUGCUGACGAUCACCGUCCCGGACAUGGGCAACGGGAAGAAGGGAGUCUUCACCAAGCAGCCUUCCGGAGACACCAUGACAGAGACCUUCUCCAUGGGCUCUGUGAGUGGAAAGCUGAUCUACAAGAAGGCGUAAAGCCAUCGGCGUCUUGCUUUGAUCUUACACUUAAAGAACGUGCAAGCAGCUGCUAGAAGCUCCUCUAAGAAAAUAAAAGGACUUUGCAACGUGUAAUUAUUCCACUUUCAAAUAUGUUGAUUAACGUUAUGUUACUGAAUAAAACUUAGAGAUGAUAUUAAAUAUUUUAUCUUCAAUAACAGGGAAGAAAAUCCCCUUACUUUUGACUUUUUCGUGCUUUGUAGUAGUCUGAAACUUGCUGGAAGCAUUUAAAUAAAAAUACCAACUUGUUGACAAGA